GAUACUGGCCUUAGCUUACUCGUAAUUGUCAAAAAAGGAGAGUUUUACUUCUUCAUUGAUGAGCAAACCAAGAACAUUCUAAAGGCUAUGACAACAACUAAGGCCGGAGGCAAAUUUCAAGGACAGAAAGUGUCUCUAUGGGAUCUCCUCUACUCAAAAUACAUCACAGAGGAGAGAAGGAGAGAGCUUGUGCAGCAGUAUAAAUCUGGAGCAAUCCCUAUUGAACGCUUCAUGGAGAUUAUCCUAGCAAAUAUUCAACAAAAGACUACCACCACAAUAACCACAACAUCUUCAGUGACAACAUGCACACCACCACCUGAGACAAAGUCAGAGAAAACAACCAUUACCACAACAACCACAGAGARAAGCUUCCAUGGUAUCAGGAAGAAUGUCACCGCUGGCGAGCUGCUUGCCUCAAAAAUCAUUGACAAGAAACUCUAUGAAGACCUCAACACAGGAAAAGUCACAGUGAACCAAGUGAGUGAAAUGGACUCAGUACACAAGUACCUGGAGGGAACUAAUUGCAUUGCAGGUGUAUAUGUUCAGUCCACCAAACAGACCAUGAGCAUCUACAAGGCCAAAUCCAAAGGUCUUCUAACUCCUGGAACCUCCCUGGUUCUGCUGGAGGCUCAAGCUGCCACUGGAUUUGUCAUUGACCCAGUGAAGAACAAGAAGCUCUCUGUAGAAGAGGCAGCCGCUCAAGGUGUGGUUGGGAACGAGUGGAAGAACAAACUGCUUUCAGCAGAGAGGGCAGUCACUGGAUACAAAGAUCCCUACACAGGAAACACUAUUUCCUUGUUCCAGGCCUUGAAAAAGGAUCUAAUUGUCAAGGACCAUGGAAUUCGCCUUCUUGAGGCACAGAUUGCAACUGGUGGAAUCAUCGAUCCAGUGUACAGUCAUAGAGUGCCAGUAGAGGUGGCGUACCAGAGAGGAUACUUUGAUGAGGAAAUGAACCAGAUCCUCGAUGACCCUGACGAUGACACCAAGGGCUUUUUUGACCCCAACACACAAGAGAACCUCACCUACCUGCAGCUUCUGGAGAGGUGUGUGAGGGACCCAGACACUGGUCUUAGCUUUCUGUCUCUGAAUAAAUAAGCUUAUAAGGAUUUGUCGUAAAAUCGUCAUCAAAGAUGUGCAGAUAUAAUUCUGAAGUAUUUUCAUUAAAUUUUAUAUGCAUUCCAUUAUAUUUUAUUACAUGUAAUUGCUUUCGGUGUUGAUGGGGAGAAUUAUUUUGAAUAUCAUUUAAUAAAAGUGAUUUUUAAAGUGAA